AUGGAGAAAAUCUUGAUAGCUGAAGACCGUUAUGGACUAAAGUCAAGUCAUCUUGAGGAUGAUGACAUAAUUGAUCGUUUAAAUAAUAGAGUAACAGUUUUGGGAUUGAUUAUGUGUGUUUUUAUUAUCGGAGGUGGUGUUUUAGUCGGUAAACCAAUCAAUUGUUGGACACCAGCUGAAUUCAAAGGACAACAUGAUGGCUAUGCAAAUAGUAUUUGUUGGUUGAAAGGAUCUUAUUAUCUUCCAACAGAUGAAAUUACGAUACCAGAUCGGUCAAAGCCUCGAUCGUACUUUGUUUCUUACUAUCAAUGGACAGCAUUUAUUCUACUGGGUAUGGCGAUGUUCUUUCUACUGCCUCGAUAUUUAUGGCAAGCAUUUACACGACAAAGUGGUUUCAACAUUAAAAAAGUUAUAAAAAAUAUUAAAGAGCAAAAAGAAGCGAAUAAAGGCGUGGAAUCAGCACAAAAAUUGUUGAAAACAUAUCUUGAUGCACUAAAUGAGUCCAAUGGAUCCAUAUGUUGUGGGGUUUCCUGUCCUAAUUUUCACGUGGGCUAUAUAACAGCUUAUCUUGCAAUAAAAGUUCUUUAUAUUAUCAACAGUAUUACACAAUUUUUCUUGUUGAAUACAUUUCUAGCAUUCAAUUUUACUAGUUUUGGCCCUGAAGGAAUAAAUAAAUUGCUAACUGAAGGCGAUUGGUUCGAAUCUCCACGAUUUCCUCGUGUUACUAUGUGUGAUUUUAUGGUGAGACGUUUAGGUUCAAAUCAACAUUGGUAUUCUGUACAAUGUAAUUUACCAAUCAAUAUGUUUAAUGAAAAGAUAUUUCUUGCCAUCUGGCUAUGGUUAAUAAUUUUAACCAUAUUAAAUUUUUUAUCAAUCUUUCCCUGGAUAGUAUUUCUAUCAAAACAACAACGAUCAUCAAUGAUACACCGUUAUUUACAAACAAAUUCAAAAUUCAUGGAAGAGACAAAAGAUUUAUUAUCACUGCAGAGCGCGUCAACAUAUCGCACAACUGAUUCAUGGUAUAAAACAAAUCAGUUUAUAGAUUAUUUACAAGUAGACGGUUUUCUAAUAUUUUACAUUAUUGCAAUUAAUACAGAUGAUGUUACAGCUUCCGAAAUUAUCGGUUUUUUAUACGGUAGUUUUACACCAUCACCGAGUCGAUUCACCACCAGCGAAGUUUGA